AUGGCUGUGGCUUCGGCGGAAUUUCGGGUUCCGAUUGGGUUUUUGAGUGGACUUAGGUCACGGGCGCGGGUUGACCCGACAGAAUGUGGAGUCCGAGUCACUCAGCCGAAUGGGGCUUGGUUGGUCGUUAGAGGAAGUGAGACCGGGUGGGGACGGGGACCGGUGAGUGACAAAGGCAGAUUAAAGGCAGAAACAGCUGUAUGCUUUCUGAUCAACAAGUUACUUCAAUUAUCGCUAACCAAAGAAGUGAAACUGAUAAGAGGCAUACAAAAGGAAGUGGCAGAUAUCAGAGAAGAACUUGAGAGUAUCUGUUCUUUCCUUAAGGAUGCAGAUGCAAAAGCAGCGUUAAUACGAGAAGACAUGGAUGAUGGAAUCAAAACUUGGCUAAAACAAGUAAGGGAAUCCGCAUAUCAUAUAGAAGAUGUCAUCGAUAUAUACAUGCUUCGUGUCGGUCAGCCUCGUCUACAGCACCAUGGAUACAUUGGUUUUCUCCAAAAGGUAGCUUUCUUGGUCACCAAAAUCAAGCCACGGCAUGAGAUUGCCUCCAAGAUUCGAAGUAUCAAACUUUCAAUCAUUGAAAUAAAGGCAAGGAGUGAAAGAUAUGGGUUUAAUUCCUAUGAACGAGGGCCAAGCAAUUACGGCAAGGAUUUUACAUGGCAUGACCCUCGAGCUGCUGCCCUUUUCAUCGAAGAAGAUGAAGUUGUCGGUAUUGAAUCUGCUAGAGAUGAGUUGAUUGGUUGGCUGGUAGAGAAAGCAACCAAGCGCUCUGUAGUUUCUGUGGUGGGCAUGGGAGGACUUGGUAAGACUACUCUGGCCAAAAAAGUGUUCGAUAGUCAAAAGGUCAAGGCACAUUUCGAUUGUUAUGCUUGGAUCUCGGUGUCUCAAUCAUACAAGAUUGAAGAUCUACUAAGGAUGAUGAUUAAACAAUUCUGUAAAGCAGGAAAGGAGUAUACACCCGAGAGAAUUGACACAAUGGAUGGGAACUUGCUGCUGAGCAAAUCCAGAGAGUAUUUACAGCAGAAAAGGUAUGUGGUUGUUUUUGAUGAUGUUUGGCAAGUAAAUUUUUGGGGGCUUGUAGAGCAUGCUUUACCAAAUAACAGCAAAGGUGGGAGGGUGAUUAUCACCACAAGAAAUCAAGAUGUAGCUUAUUUUUGCAAAAAAUCUUCUUUUGUUCAUGUUCACCACCUAAAACCUCUAUCUGAAGAAAAGGCUUGGGAGCUUUUUUGUAGCAAGGCUUUCCAGUUUGACGAUGGAGGCACUUGUCCUCCAGAGUUGGAAAAAUUGUCUCUUGAAAUUGUUAAAAGAUGCAGAGGAUUGCCUCUAGCCCUUGUAUCUGUUACGGAAUUGGGAGAAAAACAAAUAGCAACGGAAACAAAGAAAACGAAGAACAAACACAAAAUUAACGUGGAAACCCUUGAUGGGAAAAACCACGGGCAGGGAGAACAAAUCCAAUAUCGAAAGAUUGGUACAAAAGGUGAGCCUGACUGCGCGAUACCUUCUAACCCUAAUUACAGCCGAAAACUAAAUCUUGCCAUAUCAAUUGCUGGUCUUCUGUCAACCAAAGACAAGGUCAUAUCUGAAUGGCGAAAGUUGCAUAAUAGUCUAAGAUCGGAGUUGGAAAAAAACCCCCAUCUUACUAGCAUCACAAGAAUUCUCUCUCUCAGUUACCAUGAUCUGCCUUACUAUCUCAAAUCCUGUUUCUUGUACUUUGGCAUAUUUCCGGAGGAUUAUUCUGUUAGUUGCGUAAGAUUAGUUCGGCUUUGGAUAGCUGAAGGCUUUAUAAAACCGAGGGAAGGCACGACAAUGGAAGAAGUUGCAGAGGAAUACUUGACUGAGCUAAUACAUAGAAGCCUAAUUCAAGUGCCACAAGUCAACAUUGAUGGAAAAGCUAGAAGCUGUCAAAUCCAUGAUCUGUGGCGCGAGAUUAUCCUUCAAAAGAUGGUGGAUUUAAAUUUUUGUCAUGUUUUUUCAGCAUUCGAAGCGCCUCCUAAACAAAUAACUCGACGUUUAUCGAUAGAUAAAACUUUGUAUGAGGCUUCCGAGAGCAUUGAAUUUCCUCAUGUACGUUCCAUUUUCAUUUUCAACCAAGAAGAAAUGCCCAAGUCUUUUGUCUCCACAUUCACUAAAAAAUUCAAGCUUUUGAAAGUAUUGGACUUCACAGAUGCUCCACUUGAUCACCUUCCCAAUUAUGUGGGGAAUUUAUUUCAUUUAAGGUAUUUAAGCUUGAGAAAUACAAAAGUAAAAUGGCUUCCAAAAUCAAUUGUUAGGCUGCAAUAUCUAGAGACUCUGGAUCUAAAACAAUCCCUGGUUUUUGAGAUACCAGUUGAAGUCAAUAAGCACCUCAAAUUGCGCAAUUUGUUAGCAUGCUUCUGUAACUAUGAAAUCAGAUUCUGUAUGAGUUCUGAACGUGGAGUAAAAAUCAAGGAAGGGAUUGAAUGUUUAACAUCUUUGCAAAAGCUGUACCAUGUGGAGGUAAAUCAUGGAGGAGUCCAAUUAAUCGAAGAGUUGGGAAAGUUGAAGCAGCUGAAGAAGUUAGGCCUAAAAAACUUGACAACUGAAAACUGCAGCACUUUAUGCGCUUCUAUAGAGAAGAUGAAAAAGCUUGAAUCUCUGGAAAUUUGUUCAACAAGUGAAGAUGAAACCCUUGAUCUACAACAUAUUUCAACUCCACCUGAAUUUCUUCGUCAUCUCUACUUGAAAGGUCAUUUAGAGAAGUUGCCAGAUUGGAUCAUAAAGCUUCAACAUUUAGUUAAGUUAAGGAUUUUCUGGGCAGGUUUAAGACAGGAGCCACUGGGAGCUCUGAAAAAUCUACAAAGUCUAUUGGAGCUUGGGAUUUCAUACAAGGCGUACCAUGCUGAGAAGCUGCAUUUUGAAGCAGGAGGAUUUCAGAAACUCAAAUUGCUGAAAUUCACAAAAUUGGCGGGUUUGAAUUCUUUGAUUAUAGACGAGGGAGCUUUGCCUCUUCUUGAAGAACUACAAAUUAGUUCUUGCUUGCAACUCAAGGAAGUGCCCUUUGGUAUACGACACCUCCGAAAUAUUAAAGUUGUUCGAUUUGUGGACAUGCCAAACGAAUUGAGACUUGGUGUGGAUCCAAGCACAGGCCACCAUUAUUGGAAACUUGAGCAUGUUCCUACUGUCCUUUUUAGUUUCAAGGCUGGACCAAGGUCUGGUGUCUAUGACACUUAUACACUGCAUGAACUUUGUAGCUGACUCUUGGAGUGGACAGCCACAGUGCUGCAAAGCUUCAAAAAGAACAAAAGGUGAUAGAAUGUUGUAACGCAAUAUUAUUAGUUAUUGUGUAUAUAUAUAUAUAUAUAUAUAUGCAUCCUGUGUUGUAAUUUGUAUCAGCAUAUUUGUAUGUAUCAGAUAGUAAGGAGUAGUACUUAUUUUCAUAACGACUUAUCUUGUAACGUGUAUUUAAUCACUGGUUUUUCUCAUUAUUAAUAUUAGAAGUUUUUCCCAUUUAUUUGCAACUUUAUGAAAGGGAGCCUCCACUUCUUUGUAGGACAAUAAAUAGCAACUUAGAUUGGUGCUUCUUUUAACGGUGCCUGUUCCAAUAAAAGAAAAAGUCUAUGUUCUCCUUUUCUCUAUAGGAGAAAGCUCGCGAGGCUAACUGGGUCGUUUUUGGAAACAUAUAUAGAAUGGUUUUGGUGGUGAAAUUUUCUUACACAACCCUUGGAUCUAAGUAGUCAAUGGUGGCU